GUUUCGCUGCCAAAGCAGUGAAAAUGGCUAACAUUAAAAGUAUUUUUUCCAAAUUGUUUUAUUUAUUAAUUGUGAUCAAGUGCAAUACAGUGAAGUCGGAAUUAAAUAAUCCAAAAUUCAAAUUCAAUUUCUUGAAUUUCUUAAAUUUUGAUCAACUGAAAAACAAUCUUUUCAACAAUCACUUUAAUAUUGCAAAUGAGAGUAAUGAAAAGUGCUUAAACGAACUAACUGCAAUCGAGAAUGCUCUAAAGAGCUCCGAACCAUGGGCAUUUGAAGUUGUAGAUGCAUGGGGCAAAAUACCGUCCGGAGUAUUAAGUGGAAAUUAUUACGAUGCUGGUGCAUUUUCACAGUGUUUCAAUAUUAAACGAAAUGGAGAACUGUUCAAAACGCAAUAUUGCAUGGGGAAUCUUGUAUUCGAUUUGGAAAAAUAUUCGAAGAAAAUACCAUUAUUCACACAUGAAAGCUCCUUCACAUUUGGAGUAUGCUUACCAGCCGCAUGUUCGUUAAAUCUCAUAGAGGCGAGUUUUAAUAAUUUGAUUCGAAAAACAGAUAAUAAUGAUGUGUCAGUAGUUCUACUUAAUAAUACCUGUCUUUUCGAAGAGUCUGCUUCGAAAAUCAACAUUUUGGACAAAAUCGCGCUUGGAUUAAUUGGAAUAAUUUUGAGUAUGGUAUUUGUGAGCACGGGAUAUGACAUUUUUUACACCGUAUCUAAGUAUAAGAAGUCUCCAACAUUAUUGGUAUUUUCCGUCUACACAAAUGGAUUAAAGUUGCUAUCGUGUAAGGAAGCCAAAACGCCGGAUACGAUAGAAUGUCUGCAUGGAAUUCGAUCAAUAUCAGCACAAUGGGUUGUCUUGUUUCAUUUAAUUUACAAGCUUUGUUUACCGCCGUUUAACUUUUAUGACAUAUAUUUCAAGUUAGUACCAAAAUAUUAUGGCAAUAUCAUUUUCUCAGCUAUGUUUGGGGUGGAUACAUUUUUCGUAAUGAGUGGACUAUUGUCUUCGAUCGCAUUAUUCAAACAAUUGGAAAAGAAUGGAAAAUUCAAGGUUAUGCGAUUGUAUUUGUAUCGCUAUUUUCGAUUGACACCAAUGUUGGGUGUAACCGUCCUGAUUUCAAUGACCUUACUACGUUUUCUCAUCACGGGUCCAUACUGGAACAAUUUGCAUGAACAGUUUCGCGUCCCAUGCGGUCAAUACUGGUGGUCGGUAUUGUUACAUACUCAAAACUAUGUUAACCCAAAUGCAGUAUGUUCUGAUUAUUCCUGGUCGAUAUCGGUUGAAAUGCAACUUUACUUGUUUGCACCAUUUAUUGUUUACUCAAUUCAUCGUUUUAAAUUUAAAGCAGUCUGCAUCUGGUCACUCGUGGCUUUAUGUUGUAUUGGAUUCACUGUAAUAACUUAUGCUAUUCAUGAUUUAAAUACCUGGUCGGAUAUUUCUUACUUUAGUCUAGUGUAUGUACCCACACACAUUCGCUAUUCACCGUAUUUGAUCGGAGUCAUUGUUGGAUACGGAUUUUUCAAGGCUCGAACGCAAUCAAUUCACAUACCGAAGAUGCUAAACUUGGGUGCUUGGACUGUUUCUUUGUCAGCGAUGAUGAUGGUGAUGUUGCCAAUCAUGCAGAUAAACACAAAACUCACUUCUUUCAAGUAUGGUUUAUACUUUGGUUUGGGUCGAAUUAUUUGGUCAAUUGCUUUAUGCUAUAUUAUUUUUGCCUGCGCACAUAAUUAUGGUGGUCGUAUUAACUGGUUUUUGUCACACCCUUGGUGGCAACCGCUUUCAAGACUUUCAUUUGCGAUUUAUUUACUGCACAUUCCAAUAAUGACCGUUACAAUGGUUGAUGCCUCACCAUAUUUCAGGGAAUUGGCCAUACUACGCGUUUUUAUCGAAAAUUACGUGUUAACAGUGUUCGUAUCAAUAAUAGCUACUUUGACAAUUGAAAUGCCAGUAUCAAACAUUCUGGAACUACUGAGAGAACAAAAUGUGGAACAAAAAUUUGUUGAAAACAAAAAACGACAAUAAAAUAUUUAACCAUAUGAUUAUUUAAUAAA